GUGGGGCAAUACCUUGGGCAUCAUGCCGACCGAUCUGGAGUGUGCCUUAAACUCAAUCAUUGAUGUAUACCACACAUACUCCCUGCGGAGGGGGAAUUAUCAUGCCAUCUACGGGGAAGACCUGAAGAGUUUGCUGGAAACUGAGUGUCCUCAGUACAUGAAGAAAAAGGAUGCAAAUACCUUGUUCAAAGAGUUGGAUAUCAACAGCGAUGGUGCAAUCAACUUCCAGGAAUUCCUGGUCCUGAUGGUAAAGGUGGGCGUGGCAGCCCAUGAAGACAGCCACAAAGAGUAGCAGAGCAGGCGGGCCGGGCUGGGCCUGGGACGUGUGUCUGCAGAAUAAUAAAGUGACUGAUACCUCA